AUGGGCUGUUUAGUUUCGACACCGGCGGAAGCGGAUAAGGAGGCGGCGCAACGCAAUGCGCGCAUAGACCGGAACCUCAAGAAUGACAAGAAGACGCUGGACCGGACAAUCAAGAUUCUGCUAUUAGGCGCGGGAGAAUCUGGAAAAUCAACCAUUAUCAAGCAGAUGCGCAUCAUUCACAGUCGAGGCUUUCCCGAGGAAGAACGGCAUACGACUCGCGCUGUUAUUUACUCGAACCUCGUCAUCGCCUUCAAGGUCUUGUUGGAUAUUAUGAAUGCCGAGGGUAUCGAUUUCGAGAAUGAAGAAAAGACAAAGAAAUAUGCCGAGUUAUUAGACAAAACCGACCCAGAUGUAGGAUCAGAGGAGGCUUUCUCAGACCUGACGGUUCGGGAUGCCAUGAGGGCCAUGUGGAAGGAUACGGGCGUGCAGACGGCUGUUGCGCGAGGACACGAGUUUGCUCUCCAUGACAAUUUGUACUAUUUCUACGAUUCUCUCGAUCGCAUAUUUACCCCGGGUUGGCUUCCGGACAACCAGGAUAUGCUACAAGCUCGACUCCGGACGACCGGUAUCACAGAAACCCUCUUUGAACUUGGGCAAAUGAACUUCCGAAUGAUGGAUGUCGGAGGACAGCGAUCAGAGCGAAAGAAGUGGAUUCACUGCUUCGAGGGUGUUCAGUGUCUACUGUUCAUGGUCGCCUUGUCAGGAUACGACCAAUGUCUGGUAGAAGACCAGAACGCUAAUCAAAUGCACGAAGCCAUGAUGUUAUUCGAAUCAUUAGUCAAUGGGGAAUGGUUCAAGCGCAAGCCAAUCAUCCUCUUCCUCAACAAGAUCGAUUUGUUCAAGGGGAAGCUUGCCAUCUCUCCAAUCUCGAAGCACUUCCCAGACUACGCUGGCUCCGACACCGAUUAUGAUGCCGCUGCGCGGUACUUCGCGGACAGGUUCCGUGGCAUCAACCGCAUCCCAGACCGCGAGAUCUAUAUCCAUUAUACCAACGCAACGGACACCACAUUGCUCAAGGCGACUAUGGACUCGGUACAGGACAUGAUCAUCCAGAAGAAUCUGCAUACCUUAAUACUAUAA